CAAUCCGAAGAACAUUCCCUCAAAGAUUGUCACCAUCAGCUCAGCUUGGAAAUCUCCGAAAAGUUAAUCAAACUUGAUCAAAGACAAAGAUAAACAAAAUGAUCACCAAUUCAAUCAACUUUAUCAAAACUGGUAAGAAAAUCAUCGGAAUCGGAAGAAAUUAUCUGGAUCAUGUUAAAGAACUAAACAACAAAGUACCAAGCCAUCCCUUCUAUUUCUUAAAACCUACCACAAGUUAUCUUCAAAACGGCCAACCUAUCCAAAUUCCUAAAGGCAUCUUAUGUCAUCACGAAGUUGAAUUAGGAGUCAUUAUCGGUUCGAGAACUCGUUCGAUUCAAGCAAAAGAUGUUAUGAAAUCCAUUUCAGGGUAUACCUUAGGAAUCGAUUUGACGGCAAGAAAUUUACAAGAAGAAGUUAAAAAGAAAUCGUUACCUUGGAGUGUAGUUAAAGGAUUUGAUACGUUUUGUCCGGUUGGAAAGUUUAUUCCUUCGAAUGAAAUUAAAGAUCCACAUGAUUUGAACUUAUGGUUAAAAGUUAAUGGUCAAGUAAAACAAUCAGGUUCAACCAACCAAAUGAUUUUCAAAAUCCCAGAAUUGAUUGAGUACUGUAGUAGUAUCAUGACAUUAGAAGAAGGAGAUUUGAUCUUAACAGGUACACCAGCAGGAGUUGGACCGAUUCAACCUGGUGAUCUUUUAGAAGCAGGAUUAGUUCAAUCUGAUCAAUUAAUUGAUGAAUUGAAACAUCAAGUCACUCAAAGAGCUGAUGGAUUUAUCUAUGAACCGAAAGACUGAAUCAAAUUCAUUCAAAAACGAUGGGAUCACAAUAUAGACACCUCCCCCAUUUUGGUCCACACACGGUCGCCCACUUACAGGCCUAAGUGGUUUUAACAGACUUUGGCCUUGUUUUUAUAAAACCUGCCAUGUGUGGGAUACAUCCAUUUUGGUUAAUCCUUAGAAGAUUCAAAUCUCUCAUGAUGAUUGUUCAUAUUCUUGCAAUCAAAAAAAUUAAAACUUGGAAUGAUUUACAUGAAAGAUGUAGCAAGAGAAAAUUUGUAAUGAUAAGAUUUUGGUUUUCAAUUGAUUGAUUGUAUCGAUUGUAAAUAACUUUGAGAUCAUGAUCAUUGAGCUAGAAUAUGUAGCUUAGUCAUCAUGUUUUCUAAGCAAAAUUAAUUCCAUUCGAAACC